AUGGUGAAAACAGGAGAAUCCACUGACGUGGAGGAGAGACCCAAGUGGGACAACAAGAUUCAGUACUUGUUAACCUGCAUCGGCUUUGCAGUAGGAUUGGGAAACGUGUGGCGCUUUCCUUACUUAUGUCAAAUCUAUGGAGGGGGUGCAUUCCUCAUCCCCUACCUGAUAGCACUGGUAUUUGAGGGUCUCCCCCUGCUCUACAUGGAGCUGGCUAUAGGACAGAGGCUCCGCAAGGGCAGUGUCGGUGUCUGGAACUCCAUCUCACCAUAUCUGGGUGGAGUCGGUAUUAGCUGCAUGUUGGUGUCAUUCCUGGUGGGUGUUUUCUACAACACCAUCCUGGCCUGGGUGCUUUGGUAUUUCUUUCAUUCCUUCCAAGAACCCCUGCCUUGGAGCCAGUGUCCACUCAACGUAAAUCACACAGGCUAUAAUGAGGAAUGUGUGGCCAGUACACCAGUGAACUACUUCUGGUACCGCGAGACCCUGGACAUCACAGCUGACAUCGGGAUCAGCGACUCCCCGCGGUGGUGGAUGGUCAUCUGCCUGGCCACUGCCUGGAGUGUGGUCUACAUCUGUCUCAUCAGAGGCAUUGAUACCAUCGGAAAGGCUGUAUAUGUGACAUCCACUCUCCCUUACCUGGUACUGACAAUUUUCCUGAUCCGUGCCCUCACUCUGCCCGGAGCCACUGAUGGACUCAUCUACCUCUUCACCCCUGAUUGGGAGAUUCUGAAGAACCCUCAGGUGUGGCUGGAUGCUGCCACCCAGAUCUUCUUCUCCCUCUCAGUGGCUUUUGGUGGCCUCAUAGCGUUCUCAAGCUACAACCCUGAGAAAAAUGACUGUGAGAGGGAUGCUGUUGCGGUGGGGGUGAUAAACAGCGCUACAUCUCUCUACGCCUCCAUUCCCAUCUUUGCCAUCCUGGGUUUUAAAGCUAGAUCCAACUACAACACCUGUCUAAAUCACAACGUCUUAGUUCUGACCAACCAUUUUGAGAUUUCUGACCAGAAUAUAACAGUAGAGAACUAUGACCACUGGUUGGGAUACCUGAAUGCAUCUUUUCCUGAUGAAGUCUCUAGUCUCAAGAACAUAAGGACCUGCAAUCUGCAAACAUUCCUUGAUCAGAGUGCUUCAGGUACUGGCUUGGCAUUUAUUGUGUUCACUGAGGCAGUGAUAGAGAUGCCAGGCUCUCAGGUGUGGGCCAUACUGUUCUUCAUCAUGCUCUUCAGCUUGGGUCUCUCCUCCAUGUUUGGCACCAUAGAGGGCAUCGUCACACCACUCAUUGACCUCAAAGUGGUGCCCAAACAGAUCCCUAAUGAACUUGUAACAGCGGUCGUCUGCUUGAUAUCCUUCUUGAUGGCUCUGGUUUUCACCCUGGGCUCAGGGAAUUACUGGGUGGAGAUCUUCAGCAGCUAUGUGGGCUCUGUGCCCCUACUCAUCAUUGCAGUCUUUGAGAUUGUUGGAGUGUCUUAUAUCUAUGGGAUGAAAAGGUUUGGUGAGGACAUUCUCUUUAUGACUGGGAGAAGGCCCAACAUUUUCUGGAGGGCUUGUUGGACAUUUAUCAGUCCUUUAUUGCUAAAAGGGGUGUUGAUUGCCUAUGUGAUUGUCCAGGCACAGAAAUACCCCAGCUACCCUGCAUGGAACCCUGACUACGAAUUUUUCCCUCAAACCCAGAUGAAGCCCUACCCAAACUGGGUAUUUGCCAUAAUUGUCCUCCUCUGUGUCCUGCCUGUGAUUUCCAUCCCACUGGUGGCUCUCUACAGACUGAUUUUAUGUGGACUGCAGAGGAAGUCAUCCAACGUCAGACCCAAUCCUUAUGUCAACGAUGGCUAUACCGGAGAAACCGCAUGA